GAGACAGAGAGGCAUGAUGGCUGAAUUCAGAUGGAUUAAAAUGUCUUUAUUUCUGUUGCUGAUGCUUCAUUUUACAGCAGCAGGACAGCUUUUCCGCUCCCUCACUUUUAGAGUUGGAGAUGACGUCACUUUGUCUUGUGAAAAUGUGAUAGAUGAUCAGAAUAACUGUGACAGUACCGUAUGGCUCUUCAGUGAAUCAAGAAGCAGACGGGCAGUAGUGCUGGUUGAUCUUGGGAAGAUUGUUGAAAAUGCUAAAUCAGACAGACUGAGUGUUACAGAGAACUGUUCUCUGGUUAUAAAGAAGGUCACAGAUGAAGAUGUUGGACAUUACGCCUGCAGACAGUUCAGAUCAGGACAACGACAAGGUCAAGAUGCUGUGGUUGAAUUGUCUGUUGUCACCAUGACUGAACGUCAGGACACUGAUGAGGUGACAUUAACCUGCUCUGUGAGGACAUAUGAACAAUGUCCACACACAGUGAAGUGGCUGUAUCAGGGUCAAGAUGUGGAUAAAGACAACAAGGACAUAAAGACAUCACAGUCUCCCUGCUCUGCCUCUGUGACCUUUCUGACUUCUCUCUACAUUUACACAUCAAGAUAUAAGUUAUUUACAUGUGCAGUGACUGAUGGUGACAGAGUGCAAGUGUUUCCCUUCAGAUCUCAGUCCUCAGGUGAGAAACCAGACUUGUGGGUGUACAUCAUUGUGGCUGUGGCUUUAGUAGCACUCUUAAUACUCAUUGUGGCAAUCAUUGUUUGGAGGAGAACUAAAGGGAACAAAACACAGAUGAGUGACACUAUUGGGCUGACUUCAAACCCUGCAGUGACUCAGGCUGCUCCAGAACCCAGCCAGGACACGGCUGAUCCUGAAGAUGGUGUUUCCUACGCCUCCGUCAGCUACACCAAGAAAACCAACAGUAAAGCCCAAGUUCGGAGUAAAUAUGAUGACGAUGACGAUGCAGUGACCUAUACCACUGUGAAAGCUUCCUCUGCUGAUCCCAACAGCCUCUACGCUACCAUCAACUAACCGCACAAAACAAACUCAUGUCAUCAGGUCUUUUCUAAUCUCCGUUAAUAUUUAUUUUCAAAUGAUCAUUUUCAGUGUGGAUCAUUGUAAAUAAUGUCCUGUACAGAAAGAGAUGUACUUGACUAGUGGUGCAAUGUUAAAAGGGAGGUAAUAACUCAACAUGUGGUUGCUUAAAAUGUAAAUGAGCAUAAUAUGACACAUUUUGCUUGAUGAACUAGCUGUCGUGCACUUUAUUGUGCACAGUGCAUGGUCUUAUUUUAUAGUGUAUAGAAAUAUAUGGCAAUGUUUUUGUUUCAGUUACAUGUAUUUCCUAUAAUUAUUUUAUAUGCAAUAAUGUAUCCAUGUUGGGCAAUUUUAUGUGUUUUCUCAUGUUGUUUUUCUUCAUUUUCAUAUUUUCAUCUGUUAUUGUUUGAUAUGUAAUUAUCUGAACAUUUAUGUCUCAUUUUAUUAAAGUACUCAAAGUAAACUGAAA